AUGACGCUGACGCUGGGGCUCGAGAACAUCAGCCUGGCCCUGCAGGUGAUGGCCACAGCGUCGCGGCCGAGACUGGACAAACUCUACGCCGACCAGUUGCAGCGGCCCGAGUGCCUGGCGACUUGUACGAGGGACGCUGCGACGCCCGGCACUGCGCCCGUGUCGGUGCUGAAGGCUGCCCUGGGCCUGAAUGUGCCGACCUUCGCCGCGGCCGCGGGGGGCGGGCUGCAGUCGGACUUGGCGGCGCUGCUGGAGACGACAGGUGGGGCCCUCCUCUCCGGAGCCACCGCGUCGGCGGACACCCUGGUGGCGGGCGCCGCGGGCCUGGCGCGCGAGCGCCUGAACAAGGAGAUUGGUGCCUACAUGGACCAGGCGCCGCCAUGCCCGGCACUCAGCGCGCCCAGGCUGAGCAACUCGGCAGAAGGGCCCUGCAUACUCUUGCUUAAGAAAAGUGCGGGCAGAUAG